UCCCAGACGACACGGAGCGCCAUCGCCUGUGUUGAAAUGAGAAGGGACUCCUUUCAGCAACAUUCUUCUUUACCCAGUCUUCUGUUCGGCCGUUAUUUACUAAAUCGGCGGCUUAUUGUCACAUUUUUUGCCCGCUAGCAUUUCGGAUCUGCAGUCGUGUUUUCUUUUCUCAUCCGACUCUCGUUCGGAGUUAGAAAGUAUUCACGUUGAGGUAAACUCGUCUUCAGCUGGUCCGGGGAGGCAGAGCUUGUGAGCUAGUUUACGUUAGCCAGCAGCUACCAGUAGAUUUACGGCUUAUACCCGAGGCUGCCCUGCCAGGUAGAUCAACUAAAGCUGCAGGCGCGUGUCAGCCACGAUGGUUUGGUCAGUUCACCGAUUUAUUGAUCCGACUUUGAAAUAAUUCCGCUGGUUCGGGUGAAAUCAACGCAACCUUUGUCUGACUUAUAGGCAGCCCGUCUGGUUCGGCCUGUUUCAUUGUCUCCGAAACAACAACAGCCAAGUGGGGUUUUUUGGGGUUGUUGUUGUUGUUUAAGUGUCAGUGAGUUGUGUAAACAAAACCUUUCAGCUGUCAACUUCCAGAUCAUCUCGAAAGCCACCUAGCAGAGUAUGGCGCAACACAACCACUCUCAUGUAGCCAGUUCACAGAAAGCCCUCAUGUUGGAAAUGAAGAGCCUCCAGGAGGAGCCUGUCGAGGGGUUCAAAAUAACACUGGUGGACGAGGCCGACAUGUACAACUGGGAAGUGGCCAUUUUCGGGCCCCCAAACACUCAUUAUGAAGGAGGGUAUUUUAAGGCUCGGAUCAAGUUCCCUAUAGACUACCCAUACUCCCCACCGGCCUUCCGCUUCCUCACCAAGAUGUGGCACCCCAACAUCUAUGAGAACGGGGAUGUGUGUAUCUCCAUAUUGCACCCUCCAGUGGACGACCCGCAGAGUGGAGAGCUGCCUUCAGAGAGGUGGAAUCCCACCCAGAAUGUCCGGACGAUUUUGCUAAGUGUGAUCUCGCUGCUGAAUGAACCCAACACCUUCUCCCCAGCCAACGUGGACGCCUCCGUCAUGUACCGCAAGUGGAGGGACAGCAAGGGCAAGGACCGGGAAUACGUAGAGAUCAUCAGGAAACAGGUUUCGGCCACCAAGGCAGAAGCUGAACGCGAUGGCGUGCGGGUGCCCACCACGCUGGCCGAGUACUGCAUCCGCACGCGCGCCCCGGCCCCCGACGAAGGCUCCGACCUCUUCUAUGACUAUUACUAUGACGACGACGACGUGGAUGGCGAGGACGGCGACUGCUGCUACGCUGAAGAUGACUCGGGUAACGAGGAGUCAUGACCUGACGUUUAACUGCAUCCCGCCCGUAGCUGACAUAUUGCUACCAGUCUUUUUUUCCGUCUGGGUUGCUAGAAAAUCUUGGUCGACACCCAAGAAAGAUUUGAAGCUUCCCACUUCUCUAAACCAGUGAAAAGAGAUGUUUGUUUCUCUGAAAUACUUUCAGAGGCUAAAAAUCGAUGCACUGUUGUAGAGGGGUUAGACCUAGUAAACUUUGCACCAGCACAAAAGUUACCAGUUUCCUCAAUUUUACAGUCAUAAUCAAUUACAGUCCAUUAUCACCUAUAACCUCACUUUCAGAGAAUAUUACUCAACCCCUAUUCAGCUGUACAGUCCACUGUGCAGUACAUCAUAUGAUGGGGUUAAUACCACUUUUAACAAUCGCCACAUUUGCACUGGUGCAAACACUUCCAGACUCAACUCAGCAUCUCUCUCGACUAUCUAUUCUUUCCAUAAUUGCGGGUGCCGCUCACCAGUAGUGUCACCAGUCAGCGUCCGUGACUGGCGGCCGAUUGAGGGCUUCAUGCACCCUGCGUUUGUCCAGGACACCCCAUUGCAAAUCCGCCGAAUCUGACAUUUUCAAAUUUUACAAUCUGUCGGGCUUCGAUAUGACGGGAUGUCACAAUGUCCUCAAAGUUCUUGUGCAUGCCGGGAAAUGAUCUAAAGCUUUUUGGCUCUGUUACCGAUGGAGCGUUUACCCCCAUCGGGAUGCGUUCUCAGCUGGGUGAGAAGAGAGACUGAUGAUGACUGAGAUGCCAGAGAACUUUGUAUUUGGACGACCAGCUGGCCAGCUGCGUCAGUGGGUCAAAUCCUCCAUGUGAACUGUUUUGGUAACAAGAAAUUGCUUAUUUGCUGUUUGAUGUGUUUCUGUGUCUUUCUGAGUGUGGGGUUAUGUUAUUUGAUGUAGCUCAGAAUUAAUAGUUAUUCAGGGGGGCAGAACUAAUUACUGAUCAGAAUUGUAUUUCUCCUCAUGUUCGCUCUCUGAGAGGCUUGACGGAGCCAAAGACGCAUGGCGGUGUAAAAGAAAGCCCAAACUGACGGAUGUGUUCUGGUCUUUGGUUGCUCUCCUGCAGGCUUUGUUGUUCUAGUCUCUUUCUUUGGUUUGACGUUAUUUCUGCAAUCUUGCUUGGAAUGAUUUACGUGAUGAGAUUUGGUUUGAUUGGCAGAAAAUGCUUAUAUAGGAAAAAUGUCUGUCAAAAAGUGUUGUUGCGGUAUCGGUCCGAAUUGUCAAAGUUUUAACGCCCCUGAAACGAAAGAGAAGAAAGCCGUCAUGUUCAGUUUUCAUUUAUAUUUUUUGUGUCAGCAGAGAGUAGACAGGUUUUGAUAUAAUUUUUAGAGUGCAUGUGUAUUUUUGCAUAAGCAAUAUUGAUUGUUUAAUUAACUCAAAUUAGGACUUCAUACUGAAUUUCUCAGGAUAAUGAAUUGCUUACGACAAAACAAUUAAUACAAGCAACUAGUUUACUCUUUUAGGUGGUCUUCAGAAUUGGUUUGAAGCUUCAACAGGAACCAUAACUGAUAUGCACAUGUAGCUCCAUGUAUGAUUGCUGUAUUGUUUUAUUCAGCUGUGUUUAUUUUUUUUAUUUUCGGCUAUUUAAACUGAAAAAUAAAGAUUUAUUGGAAAAAAAA